AUGGCCGACUUCACAUCGAUAUUGCUCGUCGUAGUAGCGGCCCUGCUGGGGCUGGCAAGAGCACAUACCGUUAUCACAUACCCGGGGUGGAGGGGGAACAAUUUACAUACGAAUGGGACACUACCAGAGGACAAUCCGGAUACUAUUGGGAUUGAUCUGCUCGAGAAUGGAACAAUGGCAUUCCCAUACGGCAUGCAAUGGAUGUAUCCUUGCGGAGGCAUGCCCAUGACCACGAACCGAACAAAAUGGCCCUACGGCGGAGGCGCCCUAUCAAUACAACCCGGAUGGUUUCCGGGACACGCCAAAGCCUUCUUCUACGUCAACAUCGGAAUCCAAGAACAAGGCCAAAGAGCGCCGCCGAACUACUCGCAUCCGGUGGUCCCGCCGUUCCAGAUCACGGGCCCGAACAACAGCGAGUACAACGGACAGUUUUGCUUGCCGCAGGUGCGGAUGCCGGCGAAUCUGUCCCUGGCGGUGGGCGAUAAUAUCACCAUUCAGGUGAUUGAGACUGCGCAGCAUGGUGCGGCGCUUUAUAGCUGCGUCGACGUCGAGCUCGCCGAGCCCGCGGACGUGGAACAAGUCACGCCCCAGAACUGCUACAACAGCACCGACAUUGGCUUCAACCUCGUCUUCACCACCGAAGCCCUGACCGGAGGCGCUGCUUCGCUCCUAUCCGGUCCCUCCACUACGGUGGCGAUGGUCGCUGCGGUGGUCAUGUUUGGGUUUGCGUUCGUGUUAUAG